AACAAAAUGGCGGCGACUCUAAAUAGCGGAGAGUCAAAAACACAGAAUGCAACAAAGCGACUUAAAACCGAUGAAAACGAUGGCGAGGCCGCAGCGGAGAUGUCCGUAUCGGGGUUUAAAGUCGGACGGAUCCUCCGCGACUCAGCCAGGGAGAAAAACAUUUUCGUGCACGGAAAGAUUGAUGACCAGGACGCUGUCAUCAUCCUGGAGAAAACACCGAUCACACAAGACGUCCUUGCGGAGAUGUUAAAGGAGAGCACGCAGUUGCUGGAGAUGAAGAACGACAUCUACAGCACCUACCAGCUCCAUCCUCCACCGCAUCUCAACGGAGUUAAGACCACUGUGAUCUGUCCAGCGACGGAGAAACACGUGAAGAAGUAUCAGCGUCAAGAGACGUUCCUCGUCGAGGAGACCGAGGAAGAUUAUCAGUCCAUCACACUUCCGUACAUUAACAGCCAGAGCUUCAGCGUGCAGUGGGUUUACAACAUCUUGGAAAAGAAAGCGGAAGCCGAUCGGAUCGUUUUCGAAGAUCCAGAUCCGCAAGACGGUUUUGUGCUGCUUCCAGAUUUCAAAUGGGACCAAAAGCAGGUUGACGACUUGUAUCUGAUUGCACUUGUACAUCGAAGGGACGUGAAGAGCUUGAGAGAUCUCACUCCUGAUCAUCUGCCUUUACUGAGAAACAUCCGGGAGAAAGGACUGGAGGCCAUCAUGAAGCGCUACAGCGUCCCGGCGUCCAAACUGCGAGUCAUGCUGCACUACCAGCCGUCCUACUAUCACCUCCACGUGCACUUCAUCACACUGGAUUACGAAGCUCCAGGGUGCGGUGUGGAGAGAGCUCACCUGCUCACUGACGUCAUUCAGAACCUGCAGGACCAACCGGAGUACUACAGCAAACACACGCUGACCUUCCCCAUCCGGGCGGACGACACGCUGCUGAGCAAGUUCAGAGAUGCCGGGAGAGUCUAGACUUUUACUAGCGUGUGAAAAGUACGACUGUAACUCACUGUUACACCUGUGGCUACAGUGGAUUUUAUGACUACGCACCUGAUUUUAUUUUAUUUUUUUUAUUCUACUCAUUCCUUGUGAAUUAAACACAUUUCUGUCUUAAGAAAAAAACGAGAUGUUCACCGAAGAGCUCGGCCGAGAACUUUAACAAAAUCAGAAGCUCUUUUCUUGUGUGUAUAUAUAGAAACAUACACAUCUGUAAUAAUCUGUUUAACCGAUCAGUUUGUGGUUUAAAUACGACAUAUCGGUUAUUUUAGGACUGUCUUUUGAAAACGUAUGAGAUGAGUUGUAAUACGUAGGGAAACAAAAACGAAUAAAGUGCGGCGAUAAAAUUAAACAUUAAUUCAUUAACACUGGUGGAAGAAAACUGCUUUUUAAUAAAGUUUUCAAUUUUGUACAGUU